AGUGAGGUUAUGUUUUUAAUGUCAUUGUUGUCAUUAAAGCGCGACUGAUGAAAAGUGAUGCAAUUAUUAAAUCACUGUGCAAUUGAAACUAAAUCAAAAUUGGUCCUUUGAAUAAAUUAGUAAGGGCAUAUCAAACUUUGAAUAUGUCCCACAAAACGUUGAUAGACUUCGUGGUUAAGUACCAUACACCGCGGUUGCUAAAUAACGUCGUAUUUUUUCCCAGCAAUGGAAACUCGUAUUUUGGUCGAAGAUUAUACUUUCCUGCGCCUUCGUCGUCAUCAACUCCUAAGGUACAGUCGCCCAGAACUUUUAGUACAUCAGCACCGAAAAUAACCGAAAUCCAAUUGAGUCCAAAACCUAAAAAAACCGAAGGAACCUUCCAGUUAAUGUUUACAUGUAAGAAAUGCAACACAAGAAACACGAAAUUCAUUUCGAAACUAGCAUACUACAAAGGAGUUGUUAUCGUAAUUUGCGAAGGCUGUGACAAUAAGCAUUUAAUAGCCGAUAACUUGAACUGGUUUACUGACAUGAAUGGAAAGAAAAAUAUUGAAGAUAUAAUGGCGGAAAAAGGUGAAACAGUACAGAAAAUAUUGUCAGCAGACUUGGAAUUUAUUGCUAAAGAAAUGGCAAAAGGUAUUGAGAAGAAUGAAGACAAUUUAUUGUUAAAAGAGUGAAAGUGAUGGGACUAUACUUAAGUUACUUAGCUUUAUGCCUUAGAUCUAGUUAUUACAUACAUUUGAAUGCAUGAAUUGCAGAUUAAUAGUGUACAUGCAGAACAGGUCAGAGAAAUCUGCAUUAUUCAUAAAUUAGCUAUUACUUAUAGCUGUCCUUUAAAAACUUGUACUCCUGUGAUUCCAUUACCUGUAUGUUUUCUAUAUUGAUUUGUGUUAAAAAGAUUUAUAUUGUCAUCUUUGUUAAGGGAUUCUAAAGAAGUCUAAACCUGAACUUCCACUGCCACUGUAGCUGGCGGUGGAUAUUCAGCUCUAAACCUUAGCUUCUAGACAGUAAAUGUAACUCAAUAAAGAUAAAAGAAAGGAAAUAUAUUACUAUUUUAUAAUAAGUUUCUUAAUUACCUCAUUGUGGAAGGUAUGUACAAGUAUUAUUUAAUUUUGUUAUCUGAUUAAAAAUGUAUAUUUCUCAUGCAUAAGAUAGAAGAUAAUUUUGUGAUAUAAAAACAUAAAAUUGUAAUAAAAUAUUGAAUAAAAAACAUAGAAAUAAAAA